AUGCCAUUGAGAGGUAAUAUAACUAUAUCGACCGGGAGGAGAGGUAUCAGGGCUACCACAGCGGCUGGUAUUAGGGAGACUGCCACAGGGGAUACCACUGGAGCUACCACAAGGACUGCAAUUUUGUCUACCAUUGGAGCUACCACUUGGGGAUUGCUACAAGGCUACACUGGGGCAAUUUUGUCUACCACUGGGGCUACACUGAAGGCCUACUUGUACACAAUUUUGUCUACCAUUGGAGCUACCACUUGGGAAACUGCUACAAGGCCUACCACUGGGGCUACCACAAGGGCUACAAUUUUGCCUACCACUUUGGGGAUUACUACAAGGCCUGCCACUGGGGUUAUCACUAGGGGGACUACAACAAGGCAUACCACUGGAGCUCUCACUAAGGGGACUCCUACAAGAGCUACUACAAGGGCUACAAUCUUAUCUACCACUGGGGCUACCACUAAGACUACCACAAGGCCUACCACUGGGGCUACCACAAAGGAUACAAUCUCCUCUACCACUGGGGCUACCACUGAGGGGAUUCCUACAAAGCCUACCACUGGAACUACCACAAGGGCUACAAUCUUAUCUACCACUGGGGCUACCACUAAGACUACCCACAAGGCCUACCACUGGGGCUACCACAAAGGAUUACAAUUUUUUCUACCACUGGGGCUACCACUGAGGGGAUUCCUACAAAAGCCCACUGGAACUACCACAAGGGCUACAAUUUUAUCUACCACUGGAGCUACCACAAAGGGGACUACCACAAGGCCUACUACUGGGGCUACCACUAGGACUACCACAUGGGCCACCCCCUAG